UAAGAAGGUUUCACGGUGUUCAACUGAUGAAAGUCUAUUUAAAGAUAAGUAAAAUGCAAAAUUGUACCUUAAUCGUUCGUUGAAUAGUCUUCAUAAUAUACCAACGUUGACUACACCGGCAUCAUGUCCAAACCGGUAGAAUAUCGACUCCCAAUUGACCAAGCUUUGGAGGAGACGAAAUAUGGACGAUUCAAUUAUUUCCUUAUUUUUGUAUCCGGGUUGAUUCUUAUCAACGUUGUGAUGGAAUGUAUUGGUAUUAACUUUGUCCUCCCUGUGACAGACUGUGAUUUGGACCUUAACUAUCAGGAAAAAGGAAUACUUGCUGCUGCUGGGUUCUUAGGUAUCAUAACGAGUUCACAUCUUUGGGGUUUUCUGGCAGACACAACAGGUCGAAGAAGAGUCAUCAGACCAACACUAAUAAUUGGUUACUUCUUCACCGUGAUCUCAAGUUUAUCACCAAAUUUCUCAACUCUCUUGCUUUUCCGAUACGUCAAUGGAUUUUUGAUAUCUGGUGGAUCUGCUACGAUUUUUCCUUAUCUUGGGGAGUUUCACUCGGAUAGGAUGAGAAAUCGUGCCAUUAUGUCAGCUGGUUUUAUUUGUGCAGCUGCUUCUCUUCUCUAUCCAAUUGUAGCUUGGGCAGUAAUCAAUCAAUCUUGGACUCUGGAAGUACCAUAUUUUGAUAUUGUCUACAAACCAUGGCGAAUGUAUAUCCUUGUUAUUGGUAUUCUUGGUCUUUUCUGUGGCAUAAGUCUCUUUUACUUACCCGAAAGCCCUAAAUAUCUGCUUUCAAUUGGCAAGGAAGAAGAAGUUAUUGAAAUCUUACGCAAAAUGUACUCAUUGAACACUGGAAAUCCAAGAGAAAGCUAUAAGGUGACAUCAAUUUUACCAGAUGUUAAAGAAAUACGCAAAUUAAAAGUUGAGGACGAAGUUAAGAACUGUGGUUGCAGGAGCAUUUUCCGUUCAAUGUGGAAUCAGACAGCACCACUUUUUAUGCGAGAACAUCGACGAAAUACAACUGUCAUAUGUUUUAUUAUAUUUUGGAUAUUCUUUACUGCUCAUGGCAUUCUCAUGUGGUUUCCAUUUGUUCUUAAUAAAGUUAUGCAAUUUACCAGUGCUAAUCCAACAUCGAAUCUGCAAAUCUGUGAAAUGUUGUAUAUCAUGGAUAACUAUAAUGAGCCGAAUGUGAAUGCUACGAAGACUGAAAUUCUGGAAAGAAAGUGUGACCAAUCGUUGGAGCUUUCCACUUAUCAACAUACGCUAUCACUCGAAGCCAUUUUUGCUGGACUUUAUAUUGGAGUAGGAUAUUUUACCGGAAAACUUGGACGCAUCAGAACUUUGGUGAUUAUUCUUAUGGUUUGUGGUAUUGGUGGAAUAUUUGCUGCAACUGUCACAAUUCCAAUUUUUGCUGUUUACUCUUUACAAGUACUAUUAGUUUGUGGCUUGGGGGUUACUGUGCUCAAUUCAAUUACUGUGGACAUUUUCCCAACUAAUUUAAGAGCAAUGGCAUGUUGUGUUUCUUUGAUGAUUGGAAGGAUAGGAAGUGUAUUUGGGACAAAUUUUAUUGGCCUAUUACUCGAGCAUCAUUGUCAAGCUGGAUUAUUGACUGCUAGUGUUGCAUUGAUAUUGAAUGGAUUCUUAGCUCUGUUAUUACCUACAAAUAUUGGUUUUCAAAAGAUAGCCAGUACAUCGUCUGUUGAAGGAUGAAUUUUAAAUUAUCGAAUAAUUUUUUUAAUGUCCAUAUGCCUAUAUUAGGUGAAUGUAUAAUAAUUUAUAUGUAAAUGUAUAUGAAUGAUUUAACAUUAAAAACGAUUGGAUUAUGAAAACAAGA